AUGGGCAAUCAGUCUGCUCGCCAACUGUCCACUCAUCGGAAGCACGUUGUGCAUACGUGGAAUACGAUUAAUGGGCAUGAUCCACAGCUAUUGAAUGAAGCCAUCAGGUUUGUAGCGAAUACGUUUACCCAAUGAACUGACAUUUUAGUGAAGCUUGGCUCAAAUCGGCUGAACUGACGCCUACGUGGGUCUGGGCAUUAGUUGACCUUCCAGAAACUAUGCAUGCCACUUACAAGGAAAACGCCCAGUUCUUGAACAUUAUCAAUCAGGUAUCAAUAAAACGCUGACCUUUUGUGCUCUACCUCUCAAAUCUCCUUUCCCAUCUAGGUCCGAGAUUUCCUGAACAUCUUGAUCAAAGUGCAUAAGUGCGACCCCGAGAUGAUCAAGACGCUGUCCUUCCGUCUCGGAGCAAGACAUCGGUCCGUUUGCGGAGGUUGUGCCACAUGAGCUGAACGUCAAAUGUUUAUAGGCACUACAUGAACGAGGGCAACGACAACUGCUACUGGGCUCCGUUUGCUCAACAACUUCCGAUCGCCAUGAGCAAAAUGUACAUGAGAGUCGUGACUGAGGACAGCAAGUAGGGUAAUGGGUCGGUUUUUAGAGAACGAACUCCGUUUUUAGAAUACGGAAGAUGCUUAGGAUUCGAUCGAGAGCUUCAGAGAAAAGCGAAGAGGAGGAAGUGUGCGAGUCGUGGAGACAAUUCUCGUGCAUGCUGGUCGAGUCUAUGAAAAGAGGAUAUGAGGGAUGCGCCAGUGAAAAGACCCCACUUCGACUCAGCAUCACCAAGUACUCCAACUUCCAACAAGUCCGUUUCAGUUCCCUUUUCCAGUUCGAUAAUCUCGAUGGCAUCCAUGAGGUCCACCCGUUCACGGUCCGCCUCGCACUUUCUCGAGCCGAAUAUGUCUCCAGCAAUCGGUGCGUCCCCAGUGCAUCAUUCCCAUUCGUGUCGUAG